GAAGAGUGGAGAAUUCACAUGCUACCCAUAGAGUUCCUAUUUAUCACCGUGUGGCCAGUUAUUGAUAUGAGAUUGAGAUGUAAAUCUGAAGGAGUCGAGUACCCACCUGGGAUCCCCCCUGAUGCUUCUAAGGUUCUUGAACUCGACAUAAUAAGAUGGGAGCUUCAGGGGUUGGAUGAUGCGCUGAAGCCGUCUCAGUUCUCUCUUGGUGUAAAAGGGUCUCUUUACCCCGACAGGAAUGGACCACGGAGCAGGCUGAAAGGUCAACUACAGAUGAGCAUUAGCUUUGUUCUUCCACCCAUGCUAGCUUUGGUCCCGGAAGAUGUUCGUAGAGAUGUUGCAGACACGGUACUAAGAGGACUAUUGCAGAACAUGAAGAAUAAAGUAAAUGGUAGCUUGCUUUCGGAUUAUGGUGAAUUCAAGAGGGAAAAGCAGAAGGAAUUAGUCUGAACAGUUUAACUAGAAACAUACAGGUGGAUUUAAUCGACACUAGCAUUCGCUGAUGUUGGUAUCCAAGCGUGAGGAAAUUCUGUAAUUUUAUUCAUGAGGAUUGUAAAAAGAUACAAGACAAGUAUUCCCAAAAUUUUGAAAGUUAAUUCUUUUCUGAGAUGAAUGUGAAGUUUUCUGGCAAAAGUGACAAGGAAGGAUUAGAAA